UUUGUGUUUGUGACUAAAUCCAUUCAUUCAUCUUUAUUGUUAUUGUCGCAAAUAAAACACUAACACACACUGUUUCUUUCUCUGCACAAAACAUGACCAAACACAAAAACCUUUAUCUUCUUCUUCUCUCAACAACAAUUUUCUUCCUUCUCUUCAACUCAAUCUCAGCCAUUGAUUUCAUUUUCAACGGCUUCAACUCUUCAAACGUGCUUCUCUUUGGCAAUGCCACCAUUGAUUCUCAAAUUCUAACACUCACACAUCAACAAUCUUUCUCUGUUGGUCGUGCUCUUUACCCUAAAAAAAUUCCCACAAAAAACUCUUCUUAUGUAUACCCUUUUUCUACUUCUUUCAUCUUUUCCAUGGCACCUUUUGAAGAUACUCUGCCUGGUCAUGGUUUAGUUUUCAUCUUCACACCUGUUAAAGGCAUAGAAGGUACAAGUUCAGCUCAACAUCUUGGUCUUUUUAAUCUCUCAAACAAUGGAAAUUCCAACAACCAUGUUUUUGGUGUUGAGUUUGAUGUUUUUAUGAAUCAAGAGUUUAAUGAUAUCAAUGCUAACCAUGUUGGAAUUGACAUAAACUCUCUUAAUUCUGUUGUUUCCCAUGAUGUUGGGUUUUGGGUUGAUGAUGAGAAAAGUGAAAAAGAUCAAAUUUUUGAGAAAUUGGUGUUGAAUAAUGGUGAAAAUUAUCAAGUUUGGAUUGAUUAUAAAGAUUCUUUGAUUAAUGUUACUAUAGCAAAAUUAGGUAUGAAAAGACCUAUUAGGCCUUUAUUGAAUGUUUCUCUCAAUUUAUCUGAUGUUUUUGAAGAUGAAAUGUUUGUUGGAUUUACUAGCUCAACUGGACAAUUAGUUGAAAGUCACAAGAUUUUAGCUUGGAGUUUUAGCAAUGCAAAUUUUUCAUUGAGUGAUGAACUUGUUACUAGUGGAUUACCUUCUUUUGUUCUUCCAAAUGAUUCAAUUUUUAAGUCCAAAGGGUUUGUUGCAGGAUUUAGUGUAGGAGUUUUCUUUAUUAUUUGUGUUUUGGUUUUGUUGGUACUGUUUUUGAUUCAAAAGAAGAGAAAAAUAGACAAGAAGAGAAGUGAAAUGGAAGAUUGGGAGUUAGAGUAUUGGCCACACAGAAUGACAUAUGAAGAAAUUGAAGCUUCCACAAAAGGUUUCUCUGAGAAAAAUGUGAUUGGUGUUGGAGGGAAUGGGAAAGUCUAUAAGGGUGUUUUAAGAGGAGGAGUAGUGAUUGCUGUGAAACACAUUUCUCAUGAGAAUAAUGGUAUGAGAGAAUUUCUUGCAGAAGUUUCAACUCUUGGGAGGUUAAAGCAAAGGAAUUUAGUAGGGUUAAGAGGUUGGUGCAAGAAAAAUGCUGGCAAUUUCUUAUUAGUCUAUGAAUAUAUGGAAAAUGGAAGUUUAGACAAAAGGGUGUUUGAUUGUGAUGAGAGCAAGAUGUUAAACUUUGAAGAUAGAAUAAGGAUUAUUAAAGAUGUGGCUCAUGCUGUUUUGUAUUUGCAUGAAGGGUGGGAAGUGAAAGUGGUGCAUAGGGACAUUAAGGCAAGCAAUGUUUUACUUGAUAAGGAUAUGAAUGGCAAGUUAGGUGAUUUUGGUUUAGCUAGAAUGCAAGAUCAUGGUCAAGUUGCUAGCACAACAAAAUUGGUUGGCACGGUCGGUUACAUGGCUCCUGAAGUGAUCAAAACUGGAAGAGCUUCGACUCAUACCGAUGUUUACAUGUUCGGUAUCUUGAUUUUAGAGGUUAUGUGUGGAAGGAGACCAUUAGAAGAAGGUAAACCAUCUUUGGUGGAGUUUGUUUGGAAACUUAUGGUACAAGGGGAACUUGUGAAUGCACUUGAUCAAAGGCUAAGGGAUAAAGGUGAAUUUAGUGAGCAAGAAUUGGAGAGACUGCUACAUUUGGGCUUGUUGUGUGCAUAUCCUGAACCAAAAUCUAGGCCAACAAUGAGACAAGUGGUGAAUAUUUUAGAGGGGAAGAAUGAAGGAGUUGAAGAGUCAGAGAUUGAGAAUAUGGAUAGUUAUCUGCUCCAACAAUUGAAAUCAAGGGAUAUUUUGGCUGAGUAUUCACAGUAUUUUAGCUAUGCAUCACAUCCAACUUUUCAAGAUAUUGGUCACUUUUCCUCAACAUCUUUCACUUGGUCUGGAUCUUUAGUUCAGGGUAGGUGAAUCUGUGUCAUGAAUGGAAUUUUUAAAAGCUACUUGGAGUGUAUGGCAUUUCAGAUUAAAGGCGUGUUUGGUGCCUGACACAUAUGUCGGUGCCGUAUCUAGUGUCUGUCAAUACUUCACAGCUUGAAGCUUCCUUUAAGGCAAAAGUGCUUGUAUUAUCUGUUACAUAAAAACAGCAAAGGAGCUUUUGUGAUUUCUUUUGCAAAUUCAUUUAUCACUUUAUUCAAUUGGUUUUGGAGAUGAGACAUUUCUUUUCACACUAUGAAGUUCAGUUUUGUAGUUUUGAUUCUUUUACUGUACAGUGUAUUGUGUAUACCAUAGGAUCAAGAUGUAUGGUAAUAACAAAGGAUGUCAAUGUAAAUGGUCAAAUAUUGACUUUAAUGUGAUAUACUUGGUUCACUCUUCUACUUUGACACAA